AUGCAGAUCAUUGCUGUUACCACGAUCGUCACCUGUGCACUCGUCAUUGACAAUGUCAUCGCCGCUGAAGACCAACACGCUCCAUGGGGAUACAAAACCAACGAUACUAGAAUGGCUGGACCCAACCAGUGGACCACAAACUACCCCAUGUGUAACGGUCAGCGCCAGUCACCCAUUGACAUCCUAUCGACGACCGACAACAGCUUCCACAAGCGGUCACUUACUUUCAGUGGUACGUGCAACAACUUCAACGUGACGCAGUCGGUGGAUUCGGUCUUUAUGAGCGUGAAUGGGGGCACGUGCAUCGUCACGACAAACGGCACGUCGUACAACUUGAAGCAAUUUCACAUGCACGUGCCAUCGGAGCACACUCUAAAUGGCAAACACCUGGACGGUGAGAUGCACUUUAUCCACAGCAAUGAGAAAAAUUCUACACUACUAGUCAUGGGCGUGUUCCUCACUGCUGCAAAGGACAAGAGCGAUCCCUGGGUUGUCUCUGUCUUAAAUGCAAUGGAUCAAGUGAGUGCAAAUGUGACGGUAUCGACCUCAUUGGCGCCUUAUGCCAACCUCAUAAACAAGGUGGCGGAUAUGCAGGGCGUAUUCAAUUACGCAGGCAGUUUAACGACGCCUGCAUGCGACGAGAUUGUGAAUUGGUGGGUAGUGAAGAGACCCGUGGACGUGACGACAAGUGACUUAUCCCGCCUACAAUUUCAUUUGCGUCAGCUCAACACCACGGAUGACGGUAAGAAUGCACGCCCCGUGCAGCCAUUGAAUGGUCGUAUCGUAACGAUGUGGCUGUCAUAA